GGGCGCCAUUUCCAGGUCCCUUCCGGCGGGUCCGGAAGCGGAGCGCGGAGCCGGCGCGGCAAUGGCGCCCAAGGGGAAGGCGGGCACCAAAGGCAAGAAGCAGAUCUUCGAGGAGAACCGGGAGACGCUGCGCUUCUACCUCCGCAUCAUCCUGGCGGCCUCCGCUCUCUACGCCGUCGUGAACUUGGUCAUUUUCUACCCCUCCGCCUCCGCUUGGACAUGGGUAGCCUUCAUCUUCAGCUGCGUGGUGUACGGCACAAGCUACCGGUCCAUGAGCUCCAUGGCAAAGCCGUCUUUCACAGAUGAUGGCAGCCUUGCCGACGGGGGAAUUGACCUGAAUAUGGAGCAGGGGAUGGCAGAGCACCUCAAAGAUGUGAUCCUGCUGACAGCCAUAGUCCAAGUGCUGAGCUGCUUCUCUCUCUACCUCUGGUACUUCUGGCUCUUGGCUCCAGGGCGUGCUCUCUACCUGCUGUGGGUGAACAUCCUGGGGCCCUGGUUUACAGCUGAGUCUUCACCUGCCGGUCAGGAAGCAAACGAGAAGAAGCAACGCCGCCAAGAACGCCGCCAGAUGAAGCGCUUCUAGCCCUGCUGGGUAGAAAGAUUAACCCUUUUUCUCAUCUCCAUGCUGUUAUUUCAUCAGGGAUGCAACCCAAACUACUGCAGUAGCUACGCUGCCCUCUGUCAUUGCUGCCAUUUCCGCUAGAAAGGCCGCAAGUCUUCCCUUGGUUCUUAGCACCGCAAGAGUCUUCCCUUGGUUGGUUCUUAGCACCACAAGAGUCUUCCCUUGGUUGGUUCUUAGCGCCACAAGAGUCUUCCCUUGGUUGGUUCUUAGUGCCACAAGAGUCUUCCCUUGGUUGGUUCUUAGUGCCACAAGAGUCUUCCCUUGGUUGGUUCUUAGUGCCACAAGAGUCUUCCCUUGGUUGGUUCUUAUUGCCAGUUGAGGCCUUACUCCUCGGGAUGAUGAGGGGGGUGGUGCUGGGGUGUGCGGCAGGACCUUCUUAAAGCAGCACUGCGUCGUGUUUGAGGUUGGGGAUGGCAACAUUGAAAGAAAUAGCACAUUAAAGAGCAGAGUCUAA